CUCAAAGACAUUUGAGCAAGACAAUUAAACCUCUGGUGAAACAUUAGCUUUGCAAUAGAUAUAGGAUUACUUUCCGCAGAAAGAAGCACCACGGCGCUGCAGGGUAAUGAAGCCGUUGUUUGCAACCAUUUCAGGAUGUUGUCGCAGCAAGAUGUAUUUUUGGACUCGAUUUUUAACCAUACAGUUUAAUUUCCGGAGCUUCAAAAUAUAAUGAAAUAUAUUUUGAAAUACCUGCUGUUCAGCUGUGGAUUUUGGAGCAUCAGGAAAAAUUGGGAAUGUGCCUGAUUGCUGCAGAGAGGCCUUGGAGAUGACUCCCUGAGACCACUAAGAUGCCUGGCUGUUUUAAAAAGACUUUAUUUGCCUUGGCUUCUGCAAUAAGUUUUGCAUCUUUUAUCUUGAUUGUUGUCGCAAUGGGGACUCCAAAGUGGAUGACUGGGAAGAUUCUGUGCAAAACAGGAGCUGAAUUAGUCAAUGCCACAGAUCCAGAGCUGGUCAAGUUCAUUGGAGAAAUUUACUACGGACUCUUUCGGGGCGGCAAAAUACGGCAGUGUGGGUUGGGCGGGCGUCACUCCAAAUUCUCAGUUUUCCCACAUAUGGUGAAGAAACUGAAUACAGGCCUACAUGUGAUGAUAAUAAUGUUCCUUUGUGUGGCCAUUUCCUUUUCUCUGGUCAGUUUUGGAUUCUGCAUUCUUAACGCAAUAAAAGUUCCUUACCGGGCUAUUAAGGGUCCAGCAGGAAUAUGCCUUUGGAAUUUCCUUGCAGGUGGAUUCAUAGCACUUGCAGUCACCAGCUUUAUGGUUGCUGUAAAAUUUCACCGCCUCACAGAAAGAAUUGCCAAUUUUCGGGAGAAUGUCUUUCAAUUUGUUAUCUUAGAAGAACAGCUUGAAGAUUGUUUUUGGAUUUGUGUGGCAAGCGCCACAGCACAUGCAGUGAAUUUGCUGCUAAUAGCCAUUAGUUGUAUUAAUUUCCCUAAAAUUAAGACUAAAACAGAAGAAGCAAAUGUUACAGCUGAAGAUAUCAUGUACUAAUAAAUCUGUGUAGGAUUUCUUUGGUGAA